AUGAUUGAUGCUAAGCAACAGGCCCGGGUCGCGGAACAAAGCCCCCUGCCGGCAGUAUCACCCCACGACAGCGACAUCUCGAAUCGAGAACCCUGGGACAAUAGUCAGGGAGUGGUGCCAGUGAUCAUAUCAACAGACUCGACUCCAUCACCAGACUCGGCACCAAUGACCUCGGAUGAACGGCUUUCCCGACAUAGCCAACGGUACGAGACGCUAGCAGACAGUGACCGAGUAGAUACCCCCAGAAUGACGCCAAAAUCAGGUAUCUCGCGGGAGUCAUCCAGCACCAACAUCAACAGUUUGUUCAUGCGCAAGAUCGAGGGCUUGGCGAAGGCCAGUCCCAACAGGGGAGCACUCAGCUUCCAAUCGCAACAGAGAAGUCCCAACAUAGCCACCAAGAUCAGCGAGGACGGCGCUGGCGCCCGCUCGUACGUGGUAACCACCAAUGACGUGGAUCGCAAGCGGUUGGUGGACCAGUUCUACAACGCCAUCAACGAAAGCACAGGAGGCGUUUCCAGCUCCGAUUUGGGCCUGAAACGUGGCCAGGUAACGCCAGCAGGGGUGACACCCGUCCCGAGCAGCAUGCAUUCCCCCAUUGCCGAGCAGACGUUCCGGUUUGUCGAGCAGGUGGGCGAGGAAACCAGGACAUCCAGCCUGAAGCAGGGCCUCAGCAGCGACAAGCUCAACCAGGUGUUGCGCAACGGGGGCUUCACCUACAACCCUAGCAGUAAGCGUAUGGUGCGCGACGGAGAGCUCACCGACUACAUGCUCAACAUCGACAACAUCAGUGCCGAGUUGUCAAAACGCGAGUUUGAAGGGCUGUCACUGUUGCAGGCGUUGGUGCAGAUCACAGGCAGAAUUGCAGAGGGGGUGCACUUGGCGCAGACGCCGUUGGACGACAGUGACGGGCCCCUGCAGUCGUUGGCGGACCUCCACCAGUUGAAGCAGUACUUGACGUCGCUCCGCACAGACACCUUGGAGCUUACCCAAAAACUCACUCACAACCGCGAGAUCCUUCGUACGGGCUACAGGACAGACAUCAACGACAGCGUGGGCCGGUUGCACGAGCUCCUUGGCGAGUUGACGCUCUUGGAGAACAGACUCAACGGCAUCAAGGACAAGAUCAACGUCGAUAAGACGGUGAUGUCGCAGGAAAUGCUCGAGAAACUCGAGAUUCUCGAGUUGAUCGACAACAGAUUCACCGAGCACUCGCGAGUCACCCGAAACCGGCGUUUCAAGCAGUUGAACAUCUCAUUGACGGUGGCUGUGGUGAUUGUGAGUCUCUACUUUGGGUUCCGGCUAAGAUAG